UUUAUUUAUUAGUAUUAUUAUUAUUGAAAACUCUGUUCUUUUUUAAUCUUUCGCUGCUCAAUGGCACGCCAGGCCCGAGAGAAAUUGCAGGCCAAAAACCAGGAGUAUAUAAUAACAAAAAACCCCACUUGAAGAGAGAAAAACGAAAAAGAAAAGUAUUAAAAAAAUAAAAGGAAGGUAAGACGAGAAGAAAAAUCCCGUUGUAUGUAUUUUUUUGGCAUUUGCAGUUUUUACUGUGGAGUACGGCUAUGGAAUCCAAAGCCAACAAUGGAGAUUGGCGUGACUGCUCGUCUUCUUCGUCGAUCUGUUUCGUAGACUCUUGUUUCUAGUACCUGUGACUAGAUCUAUAGCACUUCAUAAUGAUGGAACCAAGCUCAGUAGAUGUGAUUUUGGACUUUCUGAGGAAAAAUCGCUUUACAAGAGCUGAGGCAGCUUUGCAGAGUGAACUCAUUAACCGGCCUGAUUUGAAUGGAUUUUUUCAGAAAUUUACCCUUGAAGAAAAGGGCCCUGGCAACGUGCUUGAAGAAGAAAACAGGAAAAAAAUAGCUGCUGAAAGUCAUGGCUCAGGUUCUCGAAGCAGUGGUGAUGUUUCUAAGGAACUUAUAGUGAAAGAGAUAGAGUAUGGGGCUGGAAGAAAUGGGUCUGAAAGCAAAUGGAGAAAUGCUGCUUCUACUGAGGAGCGUAAUAAAACUUAUGAAGCAAAAGUGACAAGUGAAAAGAGUUUCACUUUCUCCAAAAAUUCAGAGGAUAGUGUACUCAAUUUGCAGUCGUGGAACUUCAAUACUAGCAAUGGUCCUGAUCUUUUCAAAAAUGAUGGUUUUGUUAGUAGCAACAGCUUUUCAGAGCUAGAGAAAACAGAUCAGUCAAGAUAUCGUACAUCUGAUGCUCCUGACACUGAUAAAGGCAAUGUUAAAUCUGGAGAAGAGAUUACCUUUUCAGGUGACAUGAAAACUUCAUGGUUUGGAAAUACUAGCAAAGCUAAUGUAGAUUCCAUGUAUGACAAGCUUCAUACCAGUGAAACUAAGGAGCUUGAUCAGCAAUUUAAGACUAGUAGUGCAUGCUUGAAGGAAAACUUUGCUGAUAACAGCAGAUGGUCUAGAACUGAGGAACCCACUAGUUCCUCUUCAGAGAUAUGGAAAGCUUGUUCUGUCAAGACUGUUUUUCCAUUCCCUAAGGGGGAUGUAUCAAUCAGUUAUGAUCCUGCUAGUGCUUCAGAUAAAAGAGAAGGAAAGAAGAAAGCAGAUGCACUUGAUGUUAGGGUAGCAAUUAAGGAACAGGUGGAUGAGGUUGGAAGGGCUCUAUUUUUUGGGAAGUCUCAAGGCAGUGCUGAGCAAAAAGGUAUCAAUGGGUCGACCUUCCCUCUUGCAUCUGAUAAUCCAAAGGAAGAGUUACCAAGGCUGCCACCAGUUAAACUCAAGUCAGAGGAGAAGUCCAUGAAUGUUAAUUGGGAGGAAAAAUAUGAGCGUGAUCGCCCAGGUGCAAAGCCCACUAGUGCUGACAAUAUCUUCCUUAUGGGGUCCUAUUUGGAUGUUCCCAUUGGGCAAGAAAUAAACUCCUCAGGUCUGAAAAGGAAUACUGGAGGUAGUUGGCUUUCUGUGAGUCAGGGCAUCACAGAAGAUGCAUCUGAUCUGGUUUCUUGUUUUGCUCCUAUUGGUGAUGGGUUAAGUGAAUCUGUUGAUUAUCCUAACGAAUAUUGGGACUCCGAUGAAUAUGAUGAUGAUGAUGAUGUUGGAUACAUGAGGCAACCUAUCGAGGAUGAAACCUGGUUUCUGGCUCAUGAAAUUGAUUAUCCUAGUGACAAUGAGAAGGGAACUGGGCAUGGGAGUGUUCCGGAUGCACAAGAAAGAGGUCAAACCAAGGAUGAAGAUGAUGAACAAUCAUUUGUGGAGGAGGAUUCUUACUUCUCUGGUGAAAAAUAUUUCCAGGCAAAGAAUGUUGUUCCUGUUGCAGCUUCAGAUGAUCAUAUAGGGCUGUCUGUAACUGAAAUGUAUGGCAGGACUCAUGAGAAUGAUUUAAUUGCUCAAUAUGAUGGACAGUUAUUGGAUGAAGAGGAGCUUAAUUUAAUGCGUGCUGAGCCUGUUUGGCAGGGAUUUGUCACAAAAACAAAUGAUCUUAUCAUGCUAGGGGAUGGAAAAGUUCUCAAUGAGUGUGGGAGAUCUCGGCUGGAUGAUAUUUGUAUAGAUGAUAAUCAGCAUGGAUCAGUUAGGUCUAUUGGUGUGGGAAUCAACAGUGAUGCUGCUGAUAUUGGCGGUGAAGUAUGUGAAAGUUUAGUUGGAGGUAGUACUGAAGGGGGUUUAGAAUAUUUUCAUGAUCAUGAUGUUUCCAUUGGAGGGUCCAGACAAAGUCAUCAUGAGACAGACAGGAAAUAUAUUGAUAAAUCAAUGAGGGAUAAAAGGAAUACUGGAAACAAUGAUUCCAAUAGAUAUGUUAUUGGCAAUGAUAAAGGUCUGAGCCCCCUGGACAGGAAUCUUGCAGAUGGGGGAUUUUCUUUUCCUCCACCACUAAGAGAUGGGCAGUUAAUGCAGGCAGGCCCUGGUAAGUCUCUAUGGUCAAGUAACUGCAAUUCUGCUGGCGUCGAACAUGAUGACUGUUCGAGUGCUUUGAUGGGGUCUGAUGAUAUGCUUGCUGCAUGGAGACGAAAAAGCAGUGUUUCUUCAACUGCCGAAAGUUCUAGGGAUGAAAACAAUGCCAAUGCUGUAAUAUCAGCAAAUUCUAGUCCUUCAACUCUCUCUAAUUAUGGUUACGGUGAACAAGAGCAGACCAUGAAAGAAGAGGAUGAGAAAAUUAGUGGUGUGACGGAAGAGGAUCCUGGGGCAUCACUUGAGGAUGAAGAGGCAGCUGCUGUCCAAGAGCAAGUGAGACAAAUUAAAGCCCAGGAGGAGGAAUUUGAGACCUUCAACCUCAAGAUUGUGCAUAGGAAAAACAGAACUGGAUUUGAGGAGGACAAGAAUUUCCAUGUUGUUCUAAAUUCUAUUAUAGCUGGGCGCUAUCAUGUUACUGAGUAUCUUGGGUCGGCUGCAUUUAGUAAAGCUAUACAAGCACAUGACCUGCAUACUGGCAUGGAUGUCUGUGUGAAAAUUGUAAAGAACAACAAGGAUUUUUUUGAUCAAAGCCUUGAUGAGAUUAAGCUUCUUAAGUUUGUUAACAAACAUGAUCCAGCGGAUAAGCAUCAUAUACUCCGAUUAUAUGAUUACUUUUACUACCGAGAGCAUUUGCUAAUAGUCUGUGAACUUCUCAAGGCAAAUUUAUAUGAGUUUCAUAAAUUUAAUAGGGAAUCAGGUGGAGAGGUUUACUUCACAAUGCCAAGAUUGCAGUCAAUUACCAUUCAGUGUUUGGAGGCUCUCCAGUUUUUGCAUGGCCUUGGCCUAAUACAUUGUGAUCUGAAGCCAGAAAAUAUAUUAGUAAAAAGUUAUAGUAGAUGUGAGGUGAAGGUCAUUGAUCUUGGGAGCAGUUGUUUUGAGACAGAUCAUCUAUGCUCAUAUGUUCAAUCCAGGUCCUAUCGUGCACCAGAGGUUAUCCUAGGACUUCCAUAUGAUAAGAAGAUAGAUGUUUGGUCCCUUGGCUGCAUCUUGGCAGAACUCUGUACUGGCAAUGUCCUCUUCCAAAAUGAUUCACCUUCGACCUUACUUGCAAGGGUAAUUGGAAUCAUAGGUCCAAUUAAACAAGACAUGCUUGCCAAAGGACGGGAUACAUACAAAUAUUUUACCAAGAAUCACAUGCUUUAUGAGCGUAAUCAGUGGUGCAUAUUUACCAAUAUACCUCAGGAGACCAACAGACUAGAAUACCUGAUACCCAAGAAGACAUCCUUGAGGCAUCGGUUGCCUAUGGGGGACCAGGGGUUCAUUGAUUUUGUUGCUCAUUUGCUUGAAGUAAACCCAAAGAAGCGCCCUUCUGCUGCAGAGGCUCUGAAGCACCGAUGGCUAUCAUAUCCAUAUGAACCCAUAUCAGCUUGAGUGCUCUGCAGAUUUGCUCAAUUGCUUGUCUCAUUUCAGCUAUAUCUUAUCGAACGAGGAAGGAGCUGUAUUUUAAUACUGAUUGAAAUUGGUGUUAUCCACAUGCCUGCAAAAUGCAUUCAAAGGUGUGUUUGGUUUUGUUUGGUUAUAUAUAUAUAUAUAUAUAUAUAU